AUGGAAGAUAAUAGCCUGACAGGGCACAAAUCAUACAAAAAAGAGGGAAAAACGAUCCUUCUUCCAAAAACAGAUCAAACUCGAAAACUUAUAACUCGAAUAUUGACGAAACUAAAAAAAAGAAGAAAACCCCCUUCAGCGUUUAGUUCUUAUAUUACUAAAUCAGAUAAUUCGUUUAAUGCCGAUGAAUCUUGUGAUUUAUUGAAUCAACUAAAAGACGUUUUAUUAGUUUGUGAAUUGCAAGGAAUAAAUUUUGCACAUAAAUCUCCUUAUGCGUCACGAGAUCCUUCUCCAAAUCGUUCACGUACACCAUAUCCUUCCAAUCAAAAAAAAAGUCCUGGGAUUCUUGAAAUUAUUUUGGAAAUUUUGCAUGACAUGGUCCAAAAUGAUUGUCGAUAUAAGGUCAUGAAUCCAAGACUUGCUCGCCCACCUAAUGCUUUACAGGCAAUUAUACUGGAUGUUGCACAUCUUUUGAUCAAUCAAAAUCCACAUUCAUCUGGUUGGUUAUACGAACUGGGUAUGACAUUAAUCCCUGGAUUCAAUUGCUUCAGUGACGCCUUACGUUCGAGGCUAUUAAAAUUUUAUAGCGAUUUUUUGAUUCCUCAAUUAAUCUCUUUACAAAGCGGUCACAUUAAUACUGCUGUAUCAAAACUUUUAUCUAAUAAUGUUAACUCCACCGUUAAUUAUUUGACUGAGAAUGAGAAUUCUUCACAUAUAAACAUCACCAUAAAUGCUGAUGAGACAUCACAUGUACCGAUCGAUGUUGACAAAUUAAAUAUUGAAAAUUUAUCAAAGACAAACCUGGACUUUUCCGAUAACGAUCACGGCGUAAAAUAUAGGCCGACCCUUAAACGAUUGUCUAUUUCAUAUUCUGGUGAUUUAUUUGUCGAUGCUUAUUAUACUGAUUCACUUUUCACACCACUUUUAUUUUCGAUCUUUCAAUUUAUUACUAUUGAGGAGUCUUCUCUAGAAACAUUGUAUCAAAUGCACCGUACUUUUGGAAUAAUGAUUCAUCAUAAACCAGGUUUAUAUUAUGAUAUAAUGGAAAUAAUAGCUUAUGGUGACGUAAAAAGUCGCAGACUUGCUUUGAAUAUUUUAUUUUAUUUUUGGUGUAAUAGUACUGGACAUCCUUCUGUUGGUAAAGUUUUACCAAGUGUUGGGUAUACGGAGGAUUUACGUUUAAAAGAAAAUAUCAUGAAUCAGGGUAUUUUAGGAAAGACAAGUAUAAAUCAAAAUGAACCUUCAAAUAAUGGUGAAGAUAAUAUCCAUCUCCACCAACUCUUUCCACAUCUAUUUCUCAAUGAUUUGGAUAUGUACGCCGGAAAAGAUGAUACAAAUCAUCCUAACACAUGUGUACAAUGUUUAAAACCUGUAUUUGAGUUUGGUUUACGCUGUUGGGGUUGCAAGUUAAAUAUUCACUUUAGAUGUUAUAAUUUGUCCUAUGGUGGAUUCCAGGCAGAGUAUCCUUUGGAUUCUGGAAUUCAUAAAUUGGCUACCCCUAGAUAUUGCGAUAUCGUUCAUAGCACUAGAGAAUGUAUCUUUAAGGGAUGCUUUCAUGGCAAUAUUACAGAUGCUCCAAUUAUCUCAGAAAACAUUGCCGACCAUAAAUUCCAUCUUAUCAACCUUUUUACCUUAGCAUUGUGUAUGGUUUGUCAUUUGCCUUUAUGGGGUGUGACACAUCAAGGAUAUAGAUGCGAAUUAUGUAAUCGGUUUGUUCAUUUAAAUUGUAUGAACUCUAAACAUUUAGAGACAAAGGCUCGUUGCAAAAUAUCUGCUAUGUCUGAAAGUGAUGUGCUUAUUGAUCAUGAGGAUUUGUGUCAAGAUUUCUGUAAAUAUUUUGAUCUCAUAUUGAUUCCAGAACAUUCGAUACCGAUACAUACUUACGAAGAGUUAUCCAUGAUGCUCACAAUUCUGCAGAUACAAGAUAAUAUUAUGCAGAAUGGCAUAUUGGCCGGCUGUCUUGUAAUCAAGCGAAAUAGCUAUAAUCCUCUAUCUUCAACAUCAGAAAAUUUUGAGAAAUUUGAGCUACAAGAAACCAUCGAUCUAUACAAAUCAUAUUUAGAAAAUGGCAAAUUGUCUUUAUGUUCAUUAUCAGCCGAAUAUUGGAAUUCUAUUAAAAAGAAUCAUUAUUCAUGGAUGAUGUCAUGUGAAUACUACCUUGCUCAUAUAGCUUCGGCAAUAAAGUCACCAAAUUAUUUUCAACCUUCAGAACAAGGUUACGUUGAACGACACUUGAGUGUAUAUAGUGCAGAUGCAAAUAUUGCUUCGCCAGAGGAUACUUCAAAUAUUCCAGAUAGAGUCUUAACUACACAUGAGUUAAUUAAAUGGGUUCAGGAAAAUGCUGGAUUUCGUAGUAGCUUUUCAACAAAAGUAUUUUUACAACAACUUGUUAAUGUUGGAUUUAUUGAAAGGAUUGACGGACGUCCGAUAUUAUUUUGUGAUAAUGAUGAUCCCGAAAAAAAUAUAGUCGAAUGUUCACUUCCUCUACCGUUCGCGGCUGAAUACUCUUCAACGGUCGAAAUUCUUUUAACGGCAAUUUCUUCAUGCUUAUCAGAUGUAAAUAUAUCGAUUAACGAAUGUGGGUUUCUUUUCAUGGUACGACGUUGUUGGCCUGGUCCUUUCAUGUCCAAAUAUGUUCUAGAACGAUUGAUUUAUUCAAUUAUUGAAUGGAUGUGUGACGAAGAUGAGAGAUUAUUGAUAAUUGGGAAGGAAUACACUACUGCACGACGAAAGUUACCAGGAGUUCGUGAUGAAAUGGAAGAUAAUCGGCAGCAAGGGUCACACUUGCAAUAUCCUACUGGUGGUGGUGCUUACGUGAUAAGUCGUAGAAUGUUAAAAGAAAAAUACAUUUUACGAUGGUUAUCUGCAGUUCACGAAUUGAAUGAAGAAUUAUUUUGUGAUAUUAUUUAUAGUCAGACAAAAAUGGUUUAUGAAAAUCAAAAUCAACAGGAGGAGAUUGAUACAAAUGAAACCGAUUUUCAAUUUCAUGAUCGCAUUCUCAAAUGUAUAAUUAGACUUUGGAAUGAAGGCCUGCUUUUUACUUCCUUUGACGAAAUAGUUUCCCGAUGGUUAGACGAAGUUUAUCAGAUAAUGAAAAAUCAGUCACAGAAAUUCAUAGAAUUACGGACUUUGAAUAAAGUUUUUGGUCCAGUAAAGUCCACUUCUAAACGAAAUAAUCAAGUGGAUCAAAAUAUGGCCUCUGAAAGUAGUAAUGUUAGCAUUGACCCUAUAGACAUAAUUACUAAAUUAUUUAUUAAAAAUAAUGAUGCCCAAUUUUCAAGAGCCUUGAAAUGGAUGGAAUUGAUGGUGCGUGCUGGAGUUGGUCUUCCUGGCACAAUAUUUUCGGAUUAUCUUUCGAUGUUAUCGCCAACACUUGAUCUGUACACAACUUUCUUGCAAAUUAUUUGGUACCAGGUUAUGACUGGUCUAGGAAAUAUUAUUCAACGAGGUACUAUUCUUAAAAUUAUAUCCGAUGUCAAUGAAGCAGCCUUUGACAAGAUAAGAAAAAUUGGUAAAAAAGGACCCAUCACAGAAAUUGCAAG